AUGAAAGUGCUGUUCAUCGAAUGCGAUAGUGAAGGCCGGCCCCGGAAGCCCGUCUCUGACGAAGGCGUGACCCGGACGCAGCACGCCGCUCGCGAAUACCACAAGAAGGCCAAACUGCGCAGGGCCGCCGCCAAAGCCAAGGGACAAGUCACAGAUGCGCAUGACCGCAGUCGCAAGCCGCCCAGGAAGUCCAAUGCCACAACAGAAUGGACCGAUGAGUCAGCCCUCCAGGAGCUGAAAGCCAAAGCCAAACGCGAGUCGCCCGUCAAGAUCCUGCUGGGAGCCAGUCGGUCAGACCCCUUCCACACGAUCGGCGAGGGCGGUGGGAAUGGCGGGGUGGUGCCUCUGUACGUGCACGAGAUGCUGGACCACGCCAUCUCGUGCCACUGGACCGAGCUGUGCCUGUCGGACGGUGGCGGCGGGCAGAACGCCGCCAGGGCCGAGAUCAUGCAGUCGGUCAUCCACUGCCCCAUCACCUGGUACACGAUUGUGUUCGCCGGCGCGACGCACAACGCCUACCAGUACGGUGGCCGCGGCACGACCAAGCAGAACGAACAGCUCCGGCUGGCGUACAAGACCAAGGCCAUCCGGUCGUUGCUCGAUUACAUCCAGCAGAACGGGGACAACGUCUCCGAGGAGGCCCUCUUGGGCAUCACCACUUUGGCCUCGCACGGCACCGGUGAGAACUUGAGGGGCCACGAUGCGUACAAGCGCCAGAAGCUGCCCUUUCUGUCCCAUCUCCACGACGUCGACUACUACGCGAACAUGGAUACGGGCAUGGAACAUUUGAACGCCGUGUAUGCCAUCGUGGACCGGUGGGGCGGGCUUCGCACGUUGAAGCGGAGGAGUCUGGCCAUUGUGAUUCAAGUAUGCGAUAUUCUCACCUCCUGGAGGGACUUGAAGCAUCCCCACUUCGACCUCGUGUUUCCGACAACGUUCCACAUCGGCAACCGCACCCAUCAAUCGGACGCUAUAGCACAGGCCAUGCUGGAAACCCUGACUACCGGCUUCCACAAAUUGAUCAGCGACGGCUACACCAGUCUCGAGCCGCUUGUGGAGAUCGCCGACCGCGUGAGCAUCUUCUCGGCGGACUUCGAUCAACUGCUGCGGACGUACCUUCUCCCGGAAGACCAACAGCCGGUGCACACCCCCAACAUGGCCCUGGUCCGGUACAUGCGUUGGUGCGUGCUGCAUGACAUGCUCACACUGCCCGAGAACAGCACCGACGAUGAGGAUGGAAGCAGCGACAGUGACGAAACCCAGACCGAGCGGAUCGUGUACGAGAUCUGUCGGCACAUCCUGUUCGCGUACGCCGUGUUCGUCGUGGUGCCCAUGCCGCCACGGACGAAGCUGCAGUCCAAGAUCGCCGAGCGGCUGGGGCGCAUCCUGGUGAAGGCAGUCAAGGCGGGCAUUCCCAAAGAACAGCCCGACCUGUUCCUGUGCGCGGUGGCGUGGGGCUGGAUGUGCACGGAGCAGGCGGACGGGUACCGCAAGCGGGACAAGCUGUUGGGCAGCUUCGCCACGCUGCUGGAGUUUGCCGCGGUCCAGCGCACGCCCGAGUCGUGGCCCAUCGUCGAGGAGACCAUGAGGUUGUUCCUGUGGUUCGAGACGUACUGUGACGAGCCUGGGCGGAAGUUUUGGGUGGACGCGUGCGAGAUGGCCGACCACGACGAUGAUGACGAGGAGGACUUCAGAGAAACAGAAGAAGGAGAAGAGGAAGAAGGAUUUCUGUGA